AUGAGGUUAAGCAAUUACGCUCAAAGAUAGAUACUCUCAAGGACAAGAUUCGUACAAAAUCCAAAGAAAAGAAAGAUUUUUUACCUAAGAUGGAGGCAUUGGAGAAUGCAUUGGCUUCGAAAGAUGACGAAUUGAAACAAAUGAAAGAUGAUCUGGCCUUGAAAUUUCAGAGAUACACUCCUUAG